AUGAUAAAAAUUAUUAAAGAAAGGUUGCCCCCAGAGGUUCGUGUUGCCCGAGAUGCUCAGAAUCUUUUGAUUGAAUGUUGUGUAGAGUUCAUUAAUCUUAUCUUAUCAGAAUCCAAUGAAUUUUGUGAUAGAGAAGAGAGACGAACAAUUGCACCAGAACAUCUACUCAAGGCUUUACAGGUGCUUGACCUGACCUUGUUCGUGGUUUUGGAAUAUAUUGAAGAAGUAUAUGUUGCAUACGAACAACACAAACUAGAGAGCAUGAGUUCUCAUCCUGUCAGUUUCUUUUAA